AUGUACAGUACAGUAUAUAAAGAGGCUGCGUCUUACUUUCCAGAGAAAUUCAAAGCUAUGAUAGAUGGUGGCGGCUAUACCAGCCAAACCAUAUUCAACGUAGAUGAGACUGGCCUGUUCUGGAAGAAGAUGCCUAAAAGAACUUUUAUCGCGCGUGAAGAGAAAACCUUUCCAGGUUUUAAGGCCGCCAAAGAUCGAUUGACGGUGAUGGUUGGCGCGAAUGCAGCUGGUGAUUGUAAGUUAAAACCUCUCUUAGUUUAUCGCUCGGAAAAUCCAAGAGCAUUGAAAAAUAAAUCUAAAGCUGGCUUGCCUGUGAUUUGGAAGUCGAAUCGUAAGGCUUGGGUGACAGCUUCCCUUUUUGAGGACUGGUUUGGUCAUCACUUCAUACCUGAAGUCGAACGUUAUUGCCAAUCUAAACAAAUUCCAUUUAAAGUGAUGCUAAUAAUCGACAACGCACCAGGUCAUCCCCCUGCAACUUUAACUAAUUUUGACCCACGUGUGAAAGUUGUAUUUUUGCCACCAAAUACAACCAGCUUGCUUCAACCGAUGGAUCAGGGAGUCAUCAAAACAUUCAAAGCUUAUUACACGAGACGAUCGUUUGUAUAUCUGCAUGAAGCUAUGAGACAAAACAACGAGCUCUCUGUUAAAGACUUUUGGAAACAAUUCAAUGUUUUAGAUGCAGUGAGAAUCAUUGGACAAUCUUGGAAUGAAGUUUCACAAAAAACUUUAAAUGGCGUCUGGAAAAAACUGUGUCCUUUUUUUUCACCACUGAAACUCAGGCGGAAUCAGUGCCAGAGCCUGAUGAAAUUGGUAAUGUGAUUGAAGAAGUUGUCGAUCUUGCCAGGCAAAUAAAUUUAGAAGUGGAUAGUGAUGACGUUCGAGAACUGCUGGAUUCCCACAAUCAGGAACUGACAAUUGAUGAGCUCAUAGAAAUGUGUGAGCAAGAGCAAAACAUUGAAGAACUUGAUUCUUUAGAUCCAGUUCAAUCAGAAGAUCGAAUGACGGUUGGAAAAUUGACAGAAGGCCUCAGUUUUAUUGAAAAGGGGUUACAAA